GCACCCUUUGGCAGCCAAUUGCACCCUGCACUAGAGAGAAGUCCAGGGAUGUUAUAUUUUGGGAUUAUAUUUCUCCACUGUGGAAUUCAUGCAGUUCAUUCCAGAAACAUUGACCCUCUGCUUCUGUGACACACCCUCGCUGAAGGUCUGAUGGACAGACACUUUCUCUUGACCUUGCAGCUGUUUUCUUUCAUGUGGAAGUUGGAAGACAAGGUGAAAGUGACCAGAAGUUACCUGCUUUGGUGGAUAGGUGUGCUCCCCUUGGUUCUCAGAACAUGGGCCCUCGUUUAAAGCUGCAGCUGUGAUCCUCGGCUGUCUGUUGGCAUUGAAGGGACCUGAUGUUUUACGUCAUUGGUGGCAUCACAGUGUCUGUGGUUGCAUUCUUCUUCACAAUUAAGUUCCUCUUCGAGCUUGCCGCACGUAUAGUCAGCUUCCUCCAGAAUGAGGACCGAGAACGCCGAGGGGACCGGACUAUAUAUGACUACGUGCGGGGAAAUUACCUGGAUCCCCGGUCAUGCAAAGUCUCCUGGGAUUGGAAGGACCCCUAUGAGGUGGGCCACAGCAUGGCCUUCCGAGUGCAUUUAUUCUAUAAGAACGGGCAGCCCUUUCCUGCACAUCGGCCUGUAGGACUAAGAGUUCACAUCUCUCAUGUUGAGCUAGCAGUGGAAAUUCCAGUGACCCAGGAAGUCCUCCAGGAGCCCCGUUCCAACGUGGUCAAGGUGGCCUUCACUGUGCGCAGGGCUGGGCGCUACGAAAUCUCAGUGAAGCUUGGUGGAUUAAACGUGGCCUAUAGUCCCUACUACAAGAUUUUUCAGCCUGGAAUGGUGGUUCCUUCCAAGACCAAAAUUGUGUGCCAUUUUUCUACUCUCGUGUUGACCUGUGGGCAGCCACACACUCUUCAAAUAGUGCCCCGAGAUGAGUAUGACAACCCUACCAACAAUUCCACGUCCUUGAGAGAUGAGCACAAUUACAGUCUGUCCAUUCAUGAGCUCGGUCCUCCGGAAGAAGAGAGCACUGGUGUCUCAUUUGAGAAGUCAGUGACAUCCAACCGGCAGACCUGCCAGGUGUUCUUGCGGCUCACCCUGCAUUCUCGAGGCUGCUUCCAUGCCUGCAUUUCAUACCAAAACCAGCCCAUCAAUAAUGGCGAAUUUGACAUUAUUGUCCUAAGUGAGAAUGAGAGGAAUAUUGUCGAACGCAAUGUAUCCACCUCAGGAGUGAGCAUUUACUUUGAAGCUUAUCUGUAUAAUGCUGCCAACUGCACCAGCACGCCGUGGCACCUCCCACCCAUGCACACAAGCUCUGCCCAGCGCCGGCCCUCCACGGCUCUGGAGGAGGAAGAUGAAGACUCACCCUCUGAGUGUCACACCCCUGAGAAGGUGAAGAAACCGAAGAAGGUGUACUGCUACGUGUCACCAAAGCAAUUCUCAGUGAAGGAGUUCUACCUGAAAAUCAUUCCCUGGCGCCUUUAUACCUUCCGAGUGUGCCCAGGAACAAAAUUUUCAUACCUUGGCCCUGACCCUGUCCAUAAGCUGCUCACACUGGUGGUGGAUGAUGGCAUUCAGCCUCCUGUGGAGCUCAGCUGUAAGGAGAGGAACAUCCUAGCGGCCACGUUCAUCCGCUCACUCCAUAAAAACCUAGGAGGCUCUGAGACCUUUCAGGACAAGGUGAACUUUUUCCAGAGAGAGCUUCGGCAGGUACAUAUGAAAAGACCACAUUCCAAAGUCACCCUGAAGGUCAGCAGACAUGCCUUGUUGGAAUCGUCUCUGAAAGCCACUCGGAAUUUCUCCAUCUCAGAUUGGAGCAAGAACUUUGAAGUGGUUUUUCAGGACGAAGAAGCUCUGGACUGGGGAGGGCCUCGCCGGGAAUGGUUUGAGCUAAUCUGCAAAGCUCUAUUUGACACCACCAAUCAGCUCUUCACCCGAUUCAGUGACACCAACCAAGCAUUAGUGCAUCCCAACCCUAAUCGCCCCGCUCAUCUGCGCCUAAAGAUGUAUGAGUUUGCAGGGCGCCUGGUGGGCAAGUGUCUCUAUGAGUCCUCUCUAGGAGGAGCCUACAAGCAGUUGGUCCGAGCUCGCUUCACCCGUUCUUUCUUGGCCCAAAUCAUAGGACUGCGUAUGCAUUACAAGUACUUUGAAACAGAUGACCCAGAAUUCUACAAAUCUAAAGUUUGUUUCAUCCUCAACAAUGACAUGAGUGAGAUGGAGCUGGUCUUUGCAGAAGAGAAAUAUAACAAAUCAGGUCAAUUGGAUAAGGUCGUAGAACUUAUGACAGGUGGAGCUCAAACCCCAGUCACCAACGCGAAUAAAAUCUUCUAUUUAAAUUUGCUGGCCCAGUAUCGGCUGGCCAGUCAAGUGAAAGAGGAAGUGGAACAUUUCCUAAAAGGCCUGAAUGAGUUGGUCCCUGAGAACCUUUUGGCUAUUUUUGAUGAGAAUGAGCUUGAGCUGCUGAUGUGUGGGACUGGGGACAUCAGUGUGUCUGACUUCAAAGCCCAUGCGGUGGUCGUUGGUGGCUCAUGGCAUUUCAGAGAAAAGGUCAUGAGGUGGUUUUGGACCGUGGUUUCCAGUUUGACGCAGGAGGAGUUGGCUCGGCUGCUUCAGUUCACAACAGGCUCGUCUCAGCUACCACCUGGAGGCUUUGCCGCCCUCUGUCCCUCAUUCCAGAUUAUUGCCACUCCGACCCAUAGCACGCUACCAACUGCACACACGUGUUUCAACCAGCUGUGCCUCCCUACGUAUGACUCAUAUGAAGAGGUGCACAGGAUGCUGCAGCUGGCCAUCAGUGAGGGCUGCGAGGGCUUUGGCAUGCUCUGACCACUCUCUUGCCAUCCACUUGGCUCCCGUGCUUUCUGGAGCAUCCGGGUGCACAUAACAGACACAACCACUGACCCUAACAUACACAAAACCAUCAGCCAGAAGCUGCUGCGUGCUCUCCGUGUCUGGAGUAUUCAGUCACCUACAAGCCUUGUCCUUCCCUCGCCCCCUCCUUUCCCAUCUCCCCCCCACCCCAAGCCACUUUGGCAGGUACAUAAUCUGAGCAACUCACUCAGUCACGAGAGGAGGGCCAUGCUGCUAUGCUUGCACUUGGUUCUUAGAAAGCUCUCAGUAGCCGA